UUGCAUUGUACGUCGUCCAUUCGAUUAUUAUCAUCGCACGGUCGAUACACAACGACAAAACAUGAGGACUGUUCCGUUUACAUGGUUAAUGACGGCCAGUCGGUCGUGUAAAGUCACACUCUGGUCAUGGUGAAGUGUCAGGAUUACAUAUUUUGAUGGUAUUCUUUGUCCAAGAUCGGCGUGACUUUGUGUUGGUUACAGGAGAGUCCGGCCAGUGCUAGCCUACGUCAGGCCGGCUGGAUCGCCCGCAGGGGUCACCGACUGUCUGGCCGGAGGUACGGCUCUUGUAGAGCGCUCAGACGGGGGGACUCAUGGGCCCAAGAACGCGGAAAUUCUGGCUUGUCUUCUGCUCUGUUUUUGCUACGUUUUCUUUCUUUGCUGUGCUUAACCGUACAGAUGAUAAUGAUGUGUAUGAGUACACUGCCAAGCUACAGGAGCUGCAGGUACGUAUACGCAACACAGAGCUGCAGAGUGACACGCGGAAAGCCGAAGUCAGGCACCUCCAAAGAGAAAUCCAGAAGAUACGAGAGGAAGUAGCACGAGGGAACAUCUCCAACCAGUUCUUACAGUCUGAGGCAAGCCACGAGACUUUAGCAAAACUCCGCUCGCAGCUUUUACAAGGGCAGAACGAUGGCAAUUGGAGUAUGAUGCACUUGCCGUCAAUUCUUCAGUACAUGCCUCAUUUAAUUGGCAAGCCGGACAGUCUCCAGCCCGCGUUCCAUCUAUCCAAAGGUGUCACACAAGUUUCCAUGGUGAUUGGUGUGCCGACCAUCAAGCGAGAUGUGGAGAGCUAUUUGAUGGAGACACUGUCCUCGCUGGUCGCAGGCUUGUCGCCGGAGGAGAAAAUAGACUGUUUAAUUGUGGUCUUAAUUGCAGAGGUGGAUAUAGACUUUGUACGGAAGCAAGCUUCUCUUAUUCAAAGCAAUUUCCAGCCCGAGUUGGAUUCUGGACUCCUUGAGGUUAUCUCGCCCCGACCUGAUUACUACCCUGACCUGAAUGCCGUCCGGGAAACGUUUGGGGACACUCAGGAUAGAGUCAAAUGGAGAACGAAACAGAACUUGGACUUCUCAUAUCUUAUGAUGUAUUCUCAGUCUAGAGGCAAAUAUUAUGUUCAGCUUGAGGAUGACCUAGUGGCGCAGGCUGGCUACUUCACAACAAUGAAGACAUUUGCUAUGCAACAACAGAACAAGAACUGGCUUCUUCUAGAAUUCUCUGCACUAGGGUUUAUUGGUAAAAUGUUCAAGACCCGUGACUUGAACAUGAUUGUUGAGUUCUUUCUUAUGUUCCACAAGGACAAGCCCAUUGACUGGUUACUGGACCAUAUUCUCUACGUUAAAGUUUGCAACCCAGAAAAGGACCCUAAACACUGUAGUAGAGAGAAGGCAGCUUACCGAAUCCGUUACAAACCAUCCCAGUUCCAGCAUAUAGGAUUGCACUCGUCUCUCAAGGGAAAAGUACAGAAAUUAAAGGACAAGGAUUUUAAAAAAGGUUUCAAGCGUCAGUUUGCCCACAUCAACCCCAACGCUGAGGUUUCCUCCACCAUUAACCACUACAUGAAGUACACAUUACUCAAAGCCUACCAAGGAGAGGAUAUAUUCUGGGGCACCACACCGUCAGCCGGCGACCUCGUAAAGUUCAAAUUCGUCCCACCAAUUUUAAUACAAGAAUUUCAAUUUGUGAGCAGCAACGAACAAAACCCAGGCGACAAGUUGUACAACACAAUCGUAGAAGUGCUUCCAAGCUAUCAGCGCGAAAAGAAGGAGGGCAUUUUAGAAGCUGAUGACAGCAAGGAUGGCCAGACGAACAGAACAGAAGACGGAUACAUUCAAGUUGGCCAAUUUGAUGAAGGAAAAGCCAUUGGGAAAGUAAAUUCCAACAUCGGUGAAGUGGAGGAGCUGAGACUACGUGUUAUGGAGGACCUGAAGAACUGGGUCAUCUUAUCCAAUAUUCACAUUGUGCCUGUAGUGAAGAAGUGACCGUAGUGGCCUUACAGACACCGGAUGAUCGUCCAGUCUCCUCCCCAGCGGCUAAAACUCCACACCAGUAUUUCCUGCCAUAGUUUGCUCAGUCAUCUCAAACUUCAGCUGAAUUGUUUUAAAGAUGUUUUCUGUAUGUGAAGCACUCAUUCAAAAUGUGUGUUUGAAAAUGCUGUGAUGUUUUUUUCACGACACAAGGUUUCCAAAAAAUACUUGUGAAAUACAGUUUCAUGUUGGAGUUUGCUAAUACGCAGCUUGCUUUUGGACAUAAAAUAUGGUAAAUUGUGGCCAGUCAUCUUAGCAGUCAACCAGCCUACAAGCGCUAACUGAAAGUAAAUUCACGGAGCAAAUUUUCAUUCCAUCUUCGAGUCCAUCACAGGUCCGGUCACAACUAAAUAUCAAGUCCUUUCACAAGUAACAGGGGAAGACAGUUCAUAUGAAUAGCUUGUGACUUGACUUGAGAUGGGAUAACUCAUGACAGACUUGUGUGGAUUUGUGAUGGACUUGACUGCACCACUUGGUUGCAGCAUUGGAGUAAUGGCCGCCCUUACCUCAUUUUGUGUAAUUGUUAUUUUUCCUGAACUUCCUGAACUUUGACGGCUUGGUUGAAUAGUCUUGUGAUGCAUCCUGAUAACUGCUUUUAGCCCAUGGGCUGUUUGACUUGAAUGUUGUGCUAUUAUUUGAAUGCAUCGAGGUUUGUGUACAUUGCGCAUUGAAUGACGGUCAACGCAUAUUUGCACCUUUUUUUUCCCAGGUCAUCCAGAGACUUUCUCAAAGAAGGCUUGCCCAUUCCCUCUCCCCACCCCCCUUCUUGCUCACUCCCCUCCCCUUCUCCCCCUUGUCCCCUAAAAAAAUAAAUAAUUACUUCUAUAGAUUCUGGACAAUCCAGAAGCCUGUUGUAGAAAACUGUAAUUGAUGUACAGUCGACUCUCGUUAGUACAAA